AUGCGCCUUCUCAACACGUCUAACGAGCAAGCUAAAGAGUUUCUCGGCGAUAUUCCCCGUUACUCGAUACUGUCGCACACCUGGGGCCAAGAGGAAGUUAGCUUGUCUGAUCUACUCCGCGGCCCUGACCAUUUUCGCGGACUAAGUGGUUAUGCUAAGAUAGCGGGGGCUUGCGCGGUAGCACGCCGGGAGGGUUUCGACUGGAUCUGGAUCGACACGUGCUGCAUCGAUAAAUCUUCGAGCGCCGAGCUGUCCGAGGCCAUCAACUCAAUGUUCAACUGGUAUAAGGAUGCCGACGUAUGCUAUGCGUACCUGAGUGACGUCCUUGACCUGGAUCUGGACGUGUUUGCUGCGAGUCGCUGGUUCAAGAGGGGAUGGACGCUGCAAGAGCUGAUUGCCCCAGCCGUAGUCGUCUUCUUGGGCUCGACAUGGCGUGAGCUAGGCACAAAGGCCAGCCUGGCUGUCGAGAUUGCAUCAAUCACUGGCAUUGAUACUCAAGUGCUCUCACCGCAGCCGGCCGCAAUGGAUCGCUCAUGGACUGCGCGAUACUACGGACGAUGGACGGCACGAUACUAUCCCACAUCAAUCCGGGCCGUGCUUGACGAAUGCAGUGUUGCCCAGCGGAUGUCGUGGGCGGCGAGGCGCGUCACCAGCCGCCCCGAGGACCAGGCCUAUGCCCUCAUGGGUCUUUUUGGCGUCAACAUGCCCCUUCUAUAUGGCGAAGGAAGCAAGGCCUUCAUCCGCCUGCAGCGCGAGAUCAUGAACCAGUCAGAUGACAUGUCUAUUUUUGUGUGG